AGUUGUCAACAGAAACAAUUUAAACUUUUUUCCUUUUCUUGCAGAAAAAGAGAUCAUUUGAGAGAGGAUUUUGCGAUUAUUUUGAUGGCAGCGAAGCUUUUGGCGUUGGCAUGCAUUCGGAACGAGAGCCGCGGUGGCAGCAGCGGGCUGUCGCCGCGGCCGCACUACCCGUCGAUGCCGAAGUACCCGAAGGGCGUGGCGGCGGAGGAGAUGACGGCGGAGGCUGAGAAAAAGGCGCUAUUCGCCGUCUCCGGCAUGACAUGCGCGGCCUGCGCCGGAUCGGUGGAGAAGGCCGUCAAGCGCCUCCCCGGGAUCCGUGAGGCCGUCGUCGACGUCCUCAACGGCCGCGCUCAAGUCCUCUUCUACCCCAAUUUCGUCAACGAGGAGACCAUUCGCGAGACGAUCGAAGAUGUUGGAUUUGAAGCCACGCUGAUUCAAGGCGAGACAAGCGAGAGGUCUACGCAAGUAUGUCGAAUACGUAUAAAAGGCAUGACAUGCACGUCUUGCUCCUCCACCGUGGAAUCAGCAUUGCAAGCAGUUCAUGGCGUGCAAAGGGCACAAGUCGCCUUAGCUACCGAAGAAGCAGAAGUUCUCUACGACCCAAAAGUCCUCACCCACAAUCAGCUCUUGCAAGCUAUAGAAGACACUGGAUUCGAAGCCAUUCUCAUCAGUUCUGGGGAAGACAUUACCAAGAUAGACCUCCAAGUCGAAGGUGUACGAACAGAACGUUCGAUGAGAAUUAUCGAAGAGUCCCUCGAAGCGCUUCCAGGUGUUCAGGCUAUAGACUCAAGUCCUGACGUGAAAAAAUUCUCCAUUUCUUAUAAACCAGAUAUGACAGGGCCGAGAACUUUCAUCAACGUGAUUGAGACAACCGGGUCUAGGCGAUUCAAGGCGACAAUAUUUCCCGAAGGAGAUGGAGGGAGAGAAACUUAUAGAAAGGAUGAAAUCAGGCAAUACUACAGGUCAUUCAUGUGGAGUUUGGUUUUUACCAUUCCAGUGUUUUUAACCUCCAUGGUUUUCAUGUAUAUCCCUGGAAUUAAGAACGGUUUGGAUACUAAAGUGGUAAACAUGUUGAGUGUUGGGGAGAUUAUAAGAUGGGUGUUGUCCACUCCAGUUCAAUUCAUCAUAGGUUGGCGGUUUUAUGCUGGUUCUUACAAGGCGUUGCGUCAUGGUUCUGCUAAUAUGGAUGUCUUGAUUGCCUUGGGAACAAAUGCAGCCUAUUUCUACUCUGUCUACUCCGUGUUAAGAGCCGCUACUUCCCCACAUUUCAAGGGUACAGAUUUCUUCGAGACGAGCUCAAUGUUGAUUUCUUUUAUUUUGCUCGGGAAGUAUCUAGAGGUGUUGGCCAAAGGAAAGACUUCCGAAGCCAUUGCAAAGCUCAUGGACUUGGCACCAGAGACGGCCACCUUGCUGACGUUGGAUGAGGAAGGAAAUGUGACAAACGAAGAAGAAAUCGACAGUCGGUUGAUCCAAAAGAAUGAUGUGAUCAAGAUCAUUCCGGGGGCAAAAGUUGCUUCGGAUGGUUUUGUGAUAUGGGGACAAAGCCAUGUCAAUGAGAGCAUGAUUACAGGAGAAGCGAGGCCAGUGGCGAAAAGGAAAGGUGAUCAAGUGAUUGGAGGUACCCUGAAUGAGAAUGGUGUAUUGCAUAUUAGGGCAACGAAUGUUGGAUCGGAAAGUGCGCUUUCGCUGAUUGUAAGACUUGUUGAGUCAGCCCAGAUGGCUAAAGCCCCAGUACAGAAAUUUGCAGAUCGCAUUUCGAAAUACUUCGUUCCAUUGGUAAUCCUACUUUCUUUCUCAACCUGGCUUGGCUGGUUUUUGGCCGGAAAAUUCCAUGGUUAUCCAAAGUCUUGGAUACCAUCUUCCAUGGACAGCUUUCAGCUUGCUCUCCAGUUUGGGAUUUCUGUCAUGGUUAUAGCCUGCCCUUGUGCUCUUGGCCUCGCGACUCCUACAGCAGUCAUGGUUGGUACUGGAGUAGGCGCGUCUCAAGGCGUACUCAUCAAAGGAGGACAGGCAUUAGAAAGUGCACACAAGGUGAACUGCAUUGUAUUUGACAAGACAGGAACGCUCACAGUUGGAAAACCAGUGGUUGUUAGCACGAGACUCCUGAAAAAUAUGGUGCUUGGAGAGUUCUACGAACUUGUCGCUGCUACCGAAGUGAAUAGUGAGCAUCCAUUGGCUAAAGCCGUUGUUGAGUAUGCCAAGAAGUUCAGAGAAGAAGAGAAUCCUGUUUGGCCAGAAGCACGAGACUUCAUUUCGAUCACUGGCCAUGGGGUGAAAGCCAUUGUUCGAAACAAGGAAAUAAUUGUUGGAAACAAGAGCUUGAUGUUGGAGCACAACAUUGCCAUUCCUUUAGAUGCAGAAGAUGUACUAUCAGAAGCUGAAGGCUUGGCUCAAACUGGGAUUCUUGUAUCAAUACACGGAGAAAUAGCCGGAGUUCUAGCCAUAUCCGAUCCCCUCAAACCGGGUGCCAAGGAAGUGAUUUCAAUACUGAAGACUAUGAAAGUAAGAAGCAUCAUGGUAACAGGUGAUAAUUGGGGCACUGCCAAUUCCAUUGCCAAAGAGGUUGGAAUAGAGGCUGAGUCAGUUAUAGCAGAAGCUAGGCCUGAACAAAAAGCAGAAAGAGUUAAAGAUUUGCAGGUUUCAGGCUACACAGUAGCAAUGGUAGGAGAUGGAAUAAAUGACUCACCAGCAUUAGUGGCAGCAAAUGUGGGAAUGGCAAUUGGUGCUGGUACAGAUAUAGCCAUUGAGGCAGCUGAUAUUGUUCUCAUGAAGAGCAACUUGGAGGACGUCAUAACUGCCAUUGAUUUAUCUAGAAAAACCUUCUCUCGUAUUCGUCUGAACUACAUUUGGGCUCUUGGUUAUAAUGUGCUCGGUAUCCCUAUUGCUGCCGGAGCCCUUUUUCCGUCGACCGGAUUUCGAUUGCCCCCUUGGAUUGCUGGAGCUGCAAUGGCAGCCUCUUCUGUUAGUGUCGUUUGCUGCUCUUUGCUCUUGAAGUAUUACAAGAGGCCCAAGAAGCUGGAUAACCUUGAUAUUCGUGGAAUAAGCAUUGAGUAGUGGUGAAUGGACUUUUCGUGCAAUCAAGUGAAUUGGCCUGAUGAUAGAAGCAGUAAUCA